AUGACUUCAGAGAAAAUCGAACAAUCUGAUGUGACCUUAGAUACAGAAAUGAGUUCUGAAUCUAAUACAGUAAUCGAAAAUUCGCCUUCUUUUGAUAAAAAGGAGGAAUUUAACAUAGAAAUUACAGACGAAUAUAAACCAACAGAAGUUAAAUCGGAAGACAAAGUUAAAGUAAAAUUAGGAAAAAUAGAACUACAACUUGUAAUGUUUGGUCUUGUUUGUGGUGUUUUCCUAUCAGCCCUCGAUCAGACUAUAGUUGCGACGGCACUUCCCAAAAUAGCGACGGAAUUUAAAUCUCUCGAUAAAAUUUCAUGGGUUGCAACUGCAUACCUUUUAACAGAAACGUCAUUUCAACCAUUAUAUGGAAAACUAUGCAACAUUUUUGGGCGAAAAGAAAUGUUACUUUUUGCGAUCCUUGUGUUUGAACUUGGGUCGCUUUUAUGUGGACUUGCGUCAAAUAUGACCGUUUUAAUUACGUUUCGUGCAAUAAGCGGAUUAGGUGCAGGCGGCAUUCUGAGUCUAGCCUUGAUUAUUAUCUCGGAUAUUGUCCCUUUGGAGGAUCGUGGAAAAUACCAGGGACUAGUAGGAGCAGCAUUUGGUUUGGCGUCUUUGGCUGGGCCCCUCCUCGGUGGCGCCUUCACUGAUCAUGUGACCUGGAGAUGGGCUUUCUUCAUCAACCUUCCUCUCGGCGCUAUUACGAUUAUCAUAGUUAUUAUCUUUCUCAAGUUCCCACAUAAAAAAGGCUCCUUUCGAAAAAAAUUAGCCCGAAUUGAUUAUUUUGGUGCUACAAUAUUGAUAGGUUCUACUGUCGCUGUUUUGUUGUCGCUGAAUUGGGGAGGGAAUGAGUAUGCCUGGAAUAGUGCUAUUAUUAUCAGUCUUCUUUGUGUUGGAGUCAUCGGAUAUCUAGCGUUCAUCUAUGUUCAAGGUUAUGUUUCAGUUGAACCAAUAGCGCCAGGGUUAUAUUAUCAAGUUGUCCGAAAUGAUACUGCCACCCAAUCUGGUUUAGAAUUAGUUCCGUACGUUAUGGGAGUAGUUAUUGCAGCGAUUUUGUCGGGUCAAAUAAUAUCAAGGACAGACAAGUUUUCAUAUCGUCUUAUCUGUAUGUUAGGUGGCGCAUUCAUGGCCAUAGGUGCUGGAUUAGUUAGUAGAUUUACAGAAUUUACAAGCCGAGGAGAACAAAUUGGUGUCAUGUUUCUUCCAGGAAUUGGUGUUGGUCUAAUUAUGCAGACAACCCUCUUGGCUGCUCAAGCAAUUGUUUCUUACGAUGAUGUUGCAAUCGUAACUGCUCUUUUGAGUUUCUUCAGAACAAUGGGUGCAAUAUUUGGAGUUGCAAUAGUCAGUACGGUAUUUUCAAAUGGAUUGAAUGAAAGUCUGGGGUCAAUUGGCCAGACAUUACUCCAAUAUAAUGUUACGGUCGAGAUACUGAAGCAAAGUCCGUCAGCGGUUAACUUACUACCGCCUGAUGUAAGGGCAGUGGCAAUUCAUGGAUAUAUAGAGGCUCUGCGAAAAGCUUUUAUUGCUAUUAUUCCAAUGGGUGGACUUAGCUUCAUCUCGGCGUUAUUUAUAACGCAGAAUGUAUUCAAAUCACAUUAG